GAAGCUGCUCUUCACAGGGAUGAUGUGGAGUUUAUCAGUGACCUGAUCGCCUGCCUUCUUCAAGGUUGCUAUCAGCGCAGAGACAUCACAUCCCAGACAUUUCACAGCUACCUGGAGGACAUCAUCAACUACCGCUGGGAGCUGGAGGAAGGGAAACCCAACCCCUUGCGGGAGUCCACCUUCCAGGAGCUACCCCUGCGCACCCGGGUGGAGAUCCUGCACCGCCUCUGUGACUACCGCCUCGAUGCAGAUGAUGUCUUCGACCUCCUUAAGGGCUUGGAUGCAGACAGCCUCCGCGUGGAGCCGCUGGGUGAGGACAGCAGCGGUGCCCUGUACUGGUACUUCUAUGGCACACGGAUGUACAAGGAGGACCCAGUGCAGGGGAAAACCAACGGAGAGCUGGCUUCAGACAGGGGAUGCGGGGGGCAGACAAACACCCCAAACGCUCCUGGGAAAACAGGCAAGAGACGAGGGCGACCCCCAAAGCGGAAAAAACUAUUGGAGGAAAAUCUGCUGAGGGAGAAGGCAGAAGAAAACUUGCUAAUCCGCGAGACUCAGAUAAGAAAUGGGUCCCAAGGGCCUGGCCGUGGGACAUGGUGGCUGCUGUGUCAGACGGAAGAGGAGUGGAGGCAGGUCACAGAGAGCUUCAGAGAGAGGACUUCCCUUAGAGAGCGGCAGCUCUACAAACUCUUGAGUGAAGACUUCCUGCCGGAGAUCUGCAACAUGAUUGCACAGAAGGAGAAGCGUCUGCAGCGGACAGAGUUUUCUCCCAGGUGGAUGUCUGACCAUCAGCCCAUCAAACCAAUCAAGCAGGAGGUAAACCCAAACGUACUAAGUUCAAUGGAGAAGCAGAGGCGCAGAGAGGAAGAGGAGGAGCGCCAAAUCCUUAUAGCAGUGCAGAAGAGGGAGCAGGAACAGUUGCUAAAGGAGGAGAGGAAGAGAGAGAUGGAGGAGAAGGUCAAAGCAGUGGAAGAACGGGCCAGGAGGAGGAAGCUUCGCGAAGAGCGGGCCUGGCUGCUGGCGCAGGGGAAGGAGCUCCCCCCUGAGCUUUCCCACUUGGAUCCCAGUUCCCCUACCAGGGAAGAGCGAAGGACCAAGGAUCUCUUUGAACUGGAUGAUGAGUUCACAGCCAUGUACAAAGUUCUAGAUGUUGUAAAGGCUCACAAGGAUUCUUGGCCCUUCUUGGAACCUGUUGAUGAAUCGUAUGCUCCCAACUACUACCAGAUUAUUAAGGCACCCAUGGACAUCUCUAGCAUGGAGAAGAAGUUGAAUGGAGGUCAGUACUGCACCAAGGAAGAGUUUGUGGGCGAUAUGAAGACCAUGUUCAGGAACUGUCUUAAGUACAAUGGUGAAGGCAGUGAAUAUACCAAGAUGGCUUACAACUUAGAGAGGUGUUUCCACCGAGCAAUGAUGAAGCACUUCCCUGGGGAAGAUGGAGACACAGAUGAAGAGUUUUGGAUCAGAGAAGAUGGGAGACGAGAGAAGAGGAGUCGGCGGACUGGCCGGUCCAGCACAGGCACUGUUUGGACUCGGUCACGAGACCCAGAUGGACCAGGCAAAAGGCAGCAACGCCUGGAAAAUGGAGGAAAACCUCCACCAUAUCGAGCUACUUCCAGGGCUCCUGCUUCUUCCUCCUCUUCCUCUUCUUCCUCCUUCUCCUCAUCCUCUGCAGAGGAUCCAAGUGGCAACGCAAUGCAGCCUUCUCGAGAAGUGGGCCCUUCCAAUGGGCGAGGUUUCCCUCGCUCUCUGCAGUAUGGUGGCAUGCCCAGCCCUGUGCCACAUCCCGGCCAGAUGAGACCAGCUGUGCCAGGAGCAUUUGGUCCCCUGCGUGGAUCCGAUCCCACGAAGCUAUACGGCUCGCCGCGAGUGCCUGAGCCCCAUCCCGGAGACCCGGUCCAGCAGCACCAGCACUUUGCCAUGCAGCCGGGCGUGGGACUGAGCGAGCACCGCGGGCACAGGCUGGCCGUCCCGGAGAAACAGGCAUGUGCAGGACCAACCCACAUCGCCAGCCUUGGCCACCGGCCUGGCGCCCUGCAGCUGGGGCGCAUGAGUGGCCCCCCACCCGAUGCCGUCUACCCACCAGCCCAGUUCCAGCAGGGCUUCCUCCCCCCAAGGCAUAACGGGCCACCCAUGCGGCCGCCGGAGGGCUCGGAGGUCCCGCCAGGGCAUAUGUACCGGCCCUACAAGUACCUGAACCGUGCACACCCGGCACUGUGGAAUGGCAGCCAUGGCCCUACUGGCCAGAGCACCAUGGGGCCGGAGGAGAAGGCACCCAUGGGUCCGGGGCCCUCGCUCCAGUCCCGCGCCCUGGGCCAUAUGAUGGACCCCCGGGCCAUGAGGCCACCACUGCCUCCCAGCCAGUGGACUGAGCAAUCAAAUUUCCUACCUCAUGGGGUGCCUCCCUCAGGGUAUAUCAGACCACCCGGGAAAGCUACUGGCCAGAGGAUGCAGCAGCCAUCAGCUUCUCUGUUUGGGGGACCACCUCAGGUUCAAAGAGGGUGCCAGGGCGGAGAAUCCAUGAUGGACAGCCCAGAGAUGAUCGCCAUGCAGCAGCUGUCCUCCCGCGUGUGCCCGCCGGGUGUGCCUUACCACCCUCGCCAGCCGCCCCCCCCGCACCUCCCUGGACCCUUUCCCCAGCUGGCUCACGCUGCAUCCACCGCUGGUGUGCAGCCCCCGAAACCCAUUGUGGGGAACGGGAGCUCGCAGGAUCCAACCAGUCAGACCAUGGAGACAGAGAGCAACCAAGUGGAGCCAUCGACAGGCAUAGACGAGAAGGCUCAGUGCAUUGGCAUUCCCGACGGGGCCUACACCAAACUCCUACCUCAUCCCAAGCCCCCACUGCCCUUGGAGUGCACCAGGCGCAGCUUGCCCCCAGACGGGGAGGGGGACGGCUCCAGCGUGAAGGGUGACCUGAAGGCAGGGCAGGGCAAAGGCACAUGGCCAGUGGAGAGCGGCUAUGCUGGCAGCCCAGGCUGUGUGAGGGACCUGGUGCCCACCUCCGAGAGAGGGGGUCCCCUGCCUGAGAAUGGAGCAGCAGGGGAGGGGCCAGCAGCUGGCACCGAGGGGAAGGGGCUAGCCACCAACCUGCUGGAGAAGCCCCUCUGCAGUGGGGGGAAGGCUCUGCCUGAAGCAGCUGUGCCUUGCAUGGGACAAGGCACCAGCCUCCCUAGUGUGGAUGCCGGUUCUAUGGGGGCUGCCCCUAACCAGUUCCACCCUCUCUACAUGCCUGGUCUGGAAUACCCGAAUUCGGCUGGGCGGUACCACAUCAACCCGGGCCUGCAGGGGUUCGGCCCUGUAAUGGGGGCAAAGCCUCCUCCUCCUGCCUCCCACCCCCAGCAUUUUCCCCCGCGGGGUUUCCAGCCAAGCAGUGCCCAUCCUGGUGUCUUCCCCCGGUAUCGGCCCCCCCAGGGCAUGCCCUACCCCUACCAACCGCAGCCUCAACCUUCCUACCACCACUACCAGCGACCACCCUACUACGCCUGUCCACAGGGCUACUCAGACUGGCAGAGGCCUCUCCACCCCCAGGCCAGCCCCAGUGGGCACCCCACCACGCACCCACCCCUGGCCAGACCCCCUUUCCCGGACCGGGGGUCCACCAGUGGCUUGCAGGGCUGUGAGGCACUGAGCGCCGCCCUGGCCUCUCCCAGCCGUAUGGACGUAGCAAGUGCCAAAGAGGUUUCUCCAAGGGACGGCCAGGAUCUGGGGCCUGAAGACGAGAAGCCUGAGGAGUCCCAGGAAAGACCAGAGAGUCCCAAAGAGUUUCUUGAUUUGGACAACCACAACGCGGCCACGAAGAGGCAAAGCUCAGUGGCAGCGGGGGAGUUCCUCUAUGGAGCUCCCCCGCCGCACCUGGGUUCGGGGAUGGGAUUUGGCCCAUCGGCUUUCCCUCCCCAUGGGGUGAUGCUACAGACUGGCUCUCCUUAUGCAUCCCGGCAUCCUGCCAGUCAUUUCCAGCCCAGGACAUAUGGAUCACCCAUGAAUGCUCACCUGUCUCAUCAUCCAUCCUCCAGCCAGGCCAACGGCCUCUCUCAGGAGGGACCCCUGUACCGCUGCCGAGAGGAGAACAUAGGUCACUUUCAGGCCUUGCUGAUGGAGCAGAGAGGCAGUGGAGGUGGCAUGGGGGGGCCACCCCAGGACUUGUAUAGACCCUCGGGAAUGCAAAUGCAUCAGGCUCAAGUUCCCUUCCCGAAGAUGCCUACAGCAACCAUGUCCCGGGAAGAUUUGACAUCACAAAAACCAUCAGCGUUGCCUCUGGAUCAAAGCUAGUCCGAGGAAGGAAGGACCUCAUGAAGACGAAAGCCACACAUGAUUUGGACAAGGGGGAGGAGGGGCAGGCCUUCCUCCCACCCUCCCCUCGCCCAAGCAGCAUGUAGCUUCCUGGGUCCGUGGAACAUGGUGCCACGGCGGCUUUUGUGUUGGAAACCUGGAGCAGUGCUGGGUCCCAGCCAGCCGAGCAGCUGUCUCGCCACCGCAGGGCGGGCAUUGCAAACUAGUGGCUUUCUGUGACUGGAGACUGCGGUCUUGUUCAGGGUUUGAGGGAUUUUUUUGGGGUGGGGAGGGCGGGGGUGGGGGCAGAAACUUUCAUUGACUGCUAAACUCAGGUAUAUUUUUCAGGGUGGAAGAGGAUGAUGAUGGAAUUUUACUUGUAGUAUUAAUGUGUGUGUUUUGGAGCUGGAUCCAGUUUACAGAAUUUAACCUGUUGCCUUUUUAAAUAAAUUUCUGUUGUUGGUGAAUGUAUUGUACAUAAUGGGGGAGGGGGUGGGCCCAGCUUGUAGUGGGCUUAGCACUGGAGGAAUCCUUUACUGUUUACAAUCAUAUCACACUGAAAUCUUUCAGGAUAGGGUGAGGGUUUGGGGGAGUGGGGAGAGGUGAGGGAAUGUGUGAUGGAUGACUUGCUGUCCUCCUUCCUGUCAUCUGCAACAGAGACACGACCCAACAGUUGGUUGACUUAAUAGCAGGAGUUGCUCAGGAGCAUAACGUGUCCUCCUCUUUCUCUUGUCUUCCUCCUUCCCCUUUCACCCCCACCUCCACCGCUCUGGAUCCAGGGCCUGAGUGCACUUCCAGCUCCUGUCAUCAUGGGGGAACAAGGAAACCAGGACCAGGAAUUGAAAACAGAACAGGACACUCAUGACAUUGUUCUUUCUGUUAGUAUAGUACCCUUCUCCAUGCCUUUCUGAUAGGAAAAAUGUAAGCUCUAGAAAACAGAAAAUGGCAUAACUGGUCAUCUUAUACUUCUUUUGGUGAAACCGGUGGAGCAGCAUCUAUUCAGUUGAACAAAUAUUGUGCAAAUCUGUACUGCCCUGCUGCCCAAGGAGUGGAGCCAAGUGCUCACCUUUCUUUCUCUGUCCCUUGGCUAUAUUCAUUUCUUAGCUGCAGCAAAACAGAAGGUACCCCAGGGUUCCUGACCACUCCUCAUUGCUGUGAAGGAGCAGCAUGAGGCUGCUUUGGGGGAACAGUUGGUUUGCUGCAGUGUGAGGUGUUUGUUGGCCUGUGGAGCUGGGUUUGGUGUUUGCAAGCUGCAGGUGAAUCAGAAAGCACUGAUUCAAAAUCAGAUGUUGAGGUGGCAUGGCUUAGGGGUGGAGGACAAGAGGACCGUGUGCUCAAGUUGACUUGGUUUACCUUUGCCAUCAUUGAUGCCAGAGCAGCAAGUCCUACAGGGCUAGCAGCAGCUUCACCUGGAGGCUGUGCGCAGUCUGCAGGGGCUUUCCUCACCAGUUGCAGUACUGCACUGGGGAAGCCCUGUGCACCAGUGCUUCACCAGGCACCGAUAUUCAAAUGUAGGCUUGACAAAGGAGUUCGGUAGGACUCUUGUCUGCAGAUGUUUAUUCACAUCUUAAACCUAACAAGGAAAUACAGCUGAUUAUUCUUGGGGGAGGUGGCGUAAAACAAGGUGGAGUUGUUACCUGACAAGAGUGGGCAGCAAGAUCUGUGGGGACCACAGCCCUAGUGCUGGUUGCCCUGGGGGACAGCAGUAUGGUUAAAAGGGGGAUGUGCCAAUGUGUUGUAGAAAUUGUGCUAGCAAAAGCACAAGUGGCAGCAGAAGUGAAGACAGAGCAGCAUGCCCUUUAGUCUGUGGUACCAACUAAGAGAGGGUCUUUGUUUCCAGGUUCCUGGAGGAUUUUUCUGGCUGCUUUCUUUUCUUGGAUGGUGCCAUCACCCAUAUCUUUUGCACUAACAUGUCCAAAUGCACUGCCUUUGUCCUGCUGUGUAGAUCUAUCGUGUACUGGCAAAGCUGUUUGAGCAAUUGGCAGGUAGCAUCUGACUGAGCCUUACUCCUUCCUAAGCUUUUUGGAAGCACAAAAAGCCUAAAAGAUAAGAAAUAUUCUUUCUGGAAAUAGAACAAGGAAGGACUACCAUAUUAGUGCCCUCUUAUGAGUGAGUCUAUUGCUACAGUACUUUUGCCUCUGAUGAACUGUGCAUUUUCUAAGUCUAAGAGAAAUUAAACUUCAUGCUAUUCCCACAGGCUUGUUUAUAAACGCUGUUCUUAUCCACUGCUGCAGCUAGCCUGUGAACUAUAGCUGUUGUCUUCUUAGUCUAGUGACUAAGCAACUCACUAGUCCAGCGAGUUGCCUGGGACAGCUGGCUCCUCUGCAAAGGAAGACUUCGGUAUUAUGUGAAUUACUUACAAUAUAUAUCUAUAGAUGACAUAUUAUGAAAGGGAGAUUUUUUUGGUGUUUUUUUUUCUUCAUUUUUGUUCAUCUGUCAGGGAGCAGUUGUCACUGGUGGAUUGGUAGUAACUGGAAUAGAUGAUCUUGAAGGUUGUCCAUUGACUGAGAAGCAGGUAACUGCUCUCCCCAGCCAAGAACAUUAUGCUAUAUCUCAUCCAAAUUUGUCCCACAUCUGACGGUCUGUUGCUGGUUUGUCAGAUGGAAGUGGGUUUUCAGAGGUGCCCCAACUGCUCGGAAGUGCAGGUCUAGAUCCUUCACUGAAUGGAGGUUCUGAAGCAGUAGUAGGUAUUUAUGAAAAACUGUGCAAGUAUGUCUGGUCUUCAAGACAAUAAACCUGGGACAAAUGAAAACAGUUACUUCUUGUAAAGCAGUCUUUAGUUCAUUGUAGAUAAAAAAAAUAAUUUGAAAUAGUACAUUUUAAAAUACAAGAACUGUAAAAUAUAACUUGUAGGAAAGUAUUCAAAAUUCUGGAAAUGUGAAUGUAGAUGCUGCAAACAAACUUCAGCCUGUGUCUUCUGUAUCACAGUUACCCAAAUAGUUGAAGUGCCUUUCAUUCAGCUCAUUGUGAGCUUUGUGGAACAGGAAGUUUUUCAGAAGCUGUAUAAAAAAAAAA